CUGCGCGGUGUUUCGAAAUAGCAACAGUAGUAGUGUAUUAUACCGAUGUGAAGUGAAUUCAGCAGAUGGCAGUAUCUGUCAAACCCGCGUGAGCGCCUCAACAAUGACACUUGCAACAUUGUAACAUUGAAACAUUCGAACGCGGUGCGCGCAGAUACAAUGUGUCGAACGCGACAGAUGCUGCCGAGCCGAAGCAGACACGCCGACGAGAAUUAAACCUGCGAUGGCACUCCAUUUCUCUCUCGGUGAGCUCCAAUCGCUCGCUACUCGAACCGACAGCUAAUACUGCCAGGCACAGGCUGCUGCGUGCGUUACACGGGGCUCAUGGCGGAGUUUGUCGCCGAGAACUGCGGGGUCUCAUCGCCGAGCGCUGGCGGGAAAUCCGCCCAGCCCGGCGAUGAUGCGGACGGCAGAGCUGCGAGCGAGGUGUCGGUCUCAAACGGGGACUGUGGACUGUGUGCGCCCGAGAACCAGGGGCUCGAGACGGCCAACGCGUCUGUGGUGCUGGACGGCAAAACUGGAAUCCCACGGAAGGCCAGUAUUAUUAAGGAUGGUUCCAGGCGAUGCAAGGAAAGGAAAAAGACGGUGUCGUUCAGUAGCAUGCCGACAGAGAAGAAGAUCAGCAGUGCAAGCGACUGUAUUAAUUCUAUGGUGGACGGGUCUGAACUGAGGAAAGUACGCUCCAACUCCAGAGUCUACCACCGAUAUUUCCUCCUAGAUGCCGACAUGCAGUCUUUGCGAUGGGAGCCAUCCAAAAAAGAGUCCGACAAGGCCAAGAUUGAUGUAAAAUCGAUCAAAGAGGUGCGAACCGGUAAAAACACGGACACCUUCAGGACCAAUGGAAUUUCGGAUCAGAUUUCCGAGGAUUGUGCGUUCUCUAUAAUCUAUGGGGAGAACUAUGAAUCACUUGAUUUAGUGGCAAAUUCAGCCGAUGUAGCAAAUAUAUGGGUGACUGGACUCAGGUACUUAAUAUCGUAUGGAAAACACACACUUAACAUGAUUCAAAGCAGUCAGGACAACAUGCGUGCAUCCUGGCUGGGCGACCUCUUUGACGAAGCGGACAUCAUUGGUGGAAAAUGCAUUAGUCUUUGUUCGGCCGUUCAGCUGAUCAAGAAGUUAAGUCCUGGACUGAAAAAUGUCAAGAUAGAGCUCAAGUUCAAAGAGUUGCACAAAGCGAAAGAUAAAAUCGGUUCCGAUGUGACCAAGGAGGAGUUCAUCGAAGUCUUUCACGACCUUUGCACGAGACCAGAAAUCUAUUUUUUGUUGGUCCAGUUCUCAAGCAACAAGGAAUUUCUUGACACCAAGGACUUGAUGAUCUUUUUGGAGGCAGAGCAGGGCAUGGCCAAGGUGAGCGAAGACAUCAGUGUGGAAAUUAUUCAGAAGUAUGAAUCCUCGAAGGAGGGGCAACUCAAGGGAUGGCUCUCCCUGGAUGGGUUUACCAAUUACCUCAUGUCAGCAGACUGCCACAUCUUUGAUCCGGAACAAAAAAUAGUAUGCCAAGACAUGAACCAACCCCUUUCUCACUAUUACAUAAACUCUUCCCACAAUACCUACCUGAUUGAGGACCAGUUCAGGGGUCCAUCAGACAUUACGGGCUACAUCCGUGCCCUAAAGAUGGGCUGCAGGAGUGUGGAACUUGAUGUGUGGGAUGGGCCUGAUAAUGAACCGGUCAUUUAUACGGGCCAUACGAUGACCUCGCAUAUUGUCUUCCGCAGCGUCAUUGACACCAUCAACAAGUACGCUUUCGUAGCCUCGGAAUUUCCUCUGGUCUUGUGCUUGGAGAACCACUGUUCCUUGAAGCAACAGAAGGUAAUGUUUCAGCAUCUGAAGAAAAUACUCGGAGACAAAAUUCACGUGGAUCCUCCCAACCUUGAGGAGAACUACCUUCCGUCCCCUUCGGACCUAAAGGGAAAGAUUCUUCUGAAAGGAAAGAAACUAGCGAGCAACUGCACCGGCUCCGAAGGCGAGGUGACAGAUGAGGACGAGGGUGCGGAAAUGUCUCAAAAGAUGAACAACGAAGGUGGUGAGCAGCAGACAGUUGUUCAACCCAAAAAGUUCCAGCUCUCAAAGGAUCUGUCAGACAUGGUAACCUUGUGCAAGUCUGUUCGGUUUAAGGAUUUCCAGACGGCUUUCCAGAACCAGAAGCACUGGGAGCUCUGCUCCUUCAAUGAGGUCUUUGCCAGUCGGUGUGCCACUGACCACCCUGGCGAGUUCGUUAACUACAACAAGAAGUUUCUAGCGAGGGUUUACCCAAGUCCAAUGCGAAUUGAUUCCAGCAACAUGAACCCACAGGACUUUUGGAAAUGUGGCUGUCAAAUAGUAGCAAUGAACUAUCAAACACCUGGUCUAAUGAUGGACCUCAACAUCGGCUGGUUUAGACAAAACGGGAACUGUGGGUAUGUUCUACGCCCAGCGAUCAUGAGGGAGCAGGUUUCUUAUUUCAGUGCCAAUACUAAAGACUCUGUUCCGGGAGUGUCUCCACAGCUCCUUCACAUAAAGAUCAUUAGUGGACAAAAUUUCCCCAAACCCAAGGGCUCAGGCGCCAAAGGCGAUGUGGUAGAUCCCUACGUUUACGUUGAAAUUCAUGGCAUCCCUGCGGAUUGUGCAGAACAAAGGACUAAAACGGUCCAUCAGAAUGGCGAAAACCCCAUCUUUGACGAGAGUUUCGAGUUUCAGAUUAACCUUCCGGAACUGGCAAUGGUGCGCUUUGUUGUUCUGGAUGACGACUACAUUGGAGACGAAUUUAUCGGUCAGUACACAAUUCCGUUUGAAUGCAUUCAGCCAGGUUUCCGCCACAUUCCCCUCCAGUCGCUGACGGGCGAAGUCCUUCCACAUGCCUGGGUCUUCGUCCAUGUAGCCAUUACUAACCGUCGUGGUGGUGGUAAACCUCACAAACGGGGGCUUUCGGUCCGCAAGGGUAAAAGGGGUCGGGAGUACGCCACUAUGAGGAUACUUCUCAUCAAGGCUGUAGAUGAAGUCUUUAAAUCUGCUGCACAGCCACUUCGGGAGGCCACUGAUCUCAGAGAGAACAUGCAGAAUGCCAUUGUGCCGUUUAAAGAGCUUUGCGGUCUUUCUGCGGUGGCCAACCUGAAGCAGUGUAUACUAGCGCUCUCCCCGCGCCUCGUUGGGCAGGACAGCAGCCCGGUUCUGCUGUUUAACCUCAAAGAUCAGUACCCCACCAUGGAGGCCCAGGGCCUGCUGCCUGAAGUCCUCAAGAAAGUGGUCACCGCUUAUGAGAUGAUGAUCCAGACCAGCCAAACACUGCUGGAGAACUCAGACGGCGUGUACGAGCGAAUACUGCAAGUCCAGAAAGCAGCGAUGGAGUUCCAUGAGAAGCUACAUGACAUGGCGAUGAAGGAGGGACUGAAGGGAAGAAAACUCCACAAAUCCAUAGAGAGCUUCACCUGGAACAUCACGAUUCUGAAGGGCCAGGCCGAUCUGCUGAAACACGCUCGGGCGGAAGUGCUGGAAAACGUGAAACAGAUCCACUACGCCGCUCUCACCUGUAACCUGGCCAAGGGAGGAGCGGGACCCUCGUCCGUGUCGGGCUCCAAGGUCCGCCGCAGCCUGGAUGCCAUCCCGGAGACCAUGGCUGAGAAGGCCGUCGGGGAGGACUACAUCACAGACGAGGAGAACUGAGGGUGCCGAAGCGUCCCGCCAAAUCCCAUAAAUCCUCUCCCAGGUUCGGCGUGUACCGAGAGAACAUUUCGAAAUAUCUCAGCGCGUCUCGCCUGCAGGAUGCUUCAGAACGAAACGGAGCCAAGGCCUCCUCUACUUCCCGUCCCGUGUCCGUGUCUCUCCGGGGUCAGGUGGGUGUCGAAGCAGCCGAACUUCGCUCCAGGUCUUUCUACAAGCACAAACUUUGAGUAUUAGGAGGAAUUAGAACUGGAGCCAUGAAUGUAACGAGGCGUCGUGUGCGAGGAAAGAAGGAAGCUGUUUACAAUAAAGAACUACUUCGUGUUCUGUCUGCCAAAAUAGUAUGUGUGUGUAUAUACAGUAUAAAUAUAUAUAUGGAGAUCUGUUACCUUUUUUUGCUAUGUGAACUUUUAAUGGAUCAGAUUAUUUUGUUAUGAGAAAUGGAUGUUUUAAAGAGCUCAUAUUUUAUUUGCUUGUACAGAACUUGACAUGUGGAUCUUACGAGACGGCCCCUGGUCCUUUAUGGGCUUUUUGUAAAUUAUUUGUAUAAAUGUAGGAGGAUUUUGAGGAUGUGGUUCGAGAGAGAAUCUAGUUUUAGAUAUUACCAGCAGCUACUGUACAUGUGAAUAGGUGAGAGUCUCUGGAUGAUAGUUUUGUCUUCUUUGGCCACAUGCACAGUGCAAAAUUUAAAUGCAUUUACAUGUAGUCAGUUAGCAGAUGGUUUUAUCCUAAGCAACUUACAAAUUAAAAUUCCUUAAACUAAAUUUUGCAUAAGGUGUUCCUAAAAAAGACACACGAAGCCAACAGUUUAACCCAGUGGUUCUCAACCUUUUUCACUCCAACGGCCAAAAUGGUCCACAACAAUAUUUGAUAUUUGUCCCCCUUAAUUUAAAGGAUUAAAAAUGUAGUUUACUCACAAUUUUUAUUCUAUAAAAUAUAUCAGAGUAUGGCAUGCCAUAAAAAAUGACCUAAAUGUUUUAAGAUUGUAUUAAUUUACAUGACUUUUCCCGGUCUAGCAAUUCAAAUUAAUUACAAUAUAAAUAUGGAAAAAAAAUGUUUUACAAUUUUUACUGUAGUUUGUCAUUCCUUAUAUAUGCCCUAUAUAUAUAAAAUUUCAGAGAAUGGCAUGCCUAAAAACGUGUAUAUUCCUUAUAAAAAUGCCCUAAAUGUUUUAAAAUUGUAUUAAUUUACAGGAUUUUUCCAGGUCUAAAAAUUUUUAAUUAAUUCUAUUGAAAAUUAUAAUCUUUUUAAGUCCUCUUGAGCCCCCUUUGGAAGUUUUGCUCAUGUUGAGAACCAUUGGUUUAAGCAGCUUGGUGUUAGCUAUUUGUGAUGAAAGAAAUACUAGUUGUCUUGUGUAGAACAUUGUUAAAAAAAAAAAAAAAAAAAAGAUUUUUCUAAGCCUAUUAUGUUCUACAAAUAUCUAAAAAUCUAAAAAUACCAUUUCAGUCUUUUUACUUUAAAAUGUAAUUUGAUGUUCCUUGCCAUUUCUUUAAACCAAAUUUCACUCAUAAAUUGCUGGCAAAUUUGAAAGUAAUUAGAAAGUAAACCCUACACCAAAUUUUCCUCGGUGAAUGAGUGACAGCCGUAUUUCCCUGCAGUGUGUACAUGGCCUUUGAGAGCAGACUGAAUACUGUACGUCAAGUGUUAUGAUUAAAGCUUCUCAAGCAUUCCUGGAAAUGAGAUUCUGCCUCGUUGCUAAAGUUCUGUCUUACAUUGCCUUUUUUAACCCAACUUAUUCUAAUUGCUUCUAGUUUGUAAGUGUUUGUUCCUGGCUCAUUCCGUUGGUCUUCUCAUUGUGCCAUUCUACUGUUGGACCCUGUGAACCACUUCCAUUGGAUUAUACACAUUGUGACCAGAGAUUAAACUGGACAUGAAAAGAAACAAGUUUGUUUAUACAUUUCAGUGCUGUCAUUGUGUAUUUAUAAUUAUAGUUAACCAUUUAUACCAGUAAGGAGUGGAUGAUAGUUUCUAAGAGAAUAUCAGUUUUCUUUAACUCUGUUAAGACCCAAUGCUCUGAAAUAAACCAUGUUAAGUACAUUC